UUAUCAAUAUUUUAUCCGACCAUAUUUUUUUUCUCCUCUCUUAACCUCCAUAAAAUUGCGUUUUCUUGACGAAUCUUCAAACUUCCCUUACGGUGCGUUUCUUCGAAGCUCUCGACUUCAACUUCGCUCGCAAAUUCUCCUCUGUUUUCUCUCUCCCGCAUUUCUCCGAAUCUUUCAGUGACUUUCCUAUCUUCCUCCAUUACUAUUUAUUCUUAAACUUGCCUUUUGCUUCUUGAUAAAUCGGGUCGUAGAGGUGAGAGAGUCGGGUUAGUGCAUGACGAGCGCAUCGGAGCUAUUCUACACCCGAAGGUCUCGCCUGGGCCGGAGCGACCAGGAUCUAGGGUUCGAUCGAAUUUCUCCUUACAUCCGCCGCCAUCAUAGCGAUCUUCACGGCCAUCAGCCCCACCACUAUCAUCGCCGUGAUUUGGACGGCUGCAACCCUCCCCGGCGAUCCCCGCAUGUGUCGCAUCACGUGGAGCGUGCAUCAGUUCGAUCUGACAGAAGUACGAGUCAGUUUGUUGCAAGCAACAAUUCUAACACAGAAAAUUCAAGCAGCAGAAGUAGACCGAGGUUAACUGAGAAUGACAGGCUUCCUGGGGCUGUGCUGCUUGCAAGGGAAAGGCUUCUGCAGAGGUUGAGAAGGGAGCCUCUUUCUGGAAACAGGGAAAACAGCAGACCUCCGUCUUACAUUGACCGUAUUCAAAUGAUGUUUGAAGAUGAUAUAAGAGGCCUGGUCGAUGUUGGUGACUUGGGGAAUCGAACCUCAACAGGUCAGUCAGUUGGAAGCUCAACCAUUACCGACCUGAGCUCCCGAAUUGAAAGGCUGCAAUUAUUGCAAGAACCAAAGAAGAAGCCGCCUGGUCUUACUCAAGAGGCUCUGGACUGUUUGCGCGUGGAAGUUUAUAGCAGCACAGUUGAAGGGGAGGUGUCAAGAGGUUCACAGGAUUGUAGUAUAUGUCUGGAGACUUUCUCAGAGGGAGACGAGCUGAUACACUUGCCCUGUGGGCAUAAAUUCCACUCUGCAUGUUUGGAUCCCUGGGCUCGAACCUGUGGGGACUGUCCGUAUUGCCGUCGAGAUAUAGUCAUAACUAGUCACAGAAAUAAAAUAUAGUCAUAACUAGACAUAGAGAGGGGGAAAAAAAAAAGGACGUAAACUUUACACGUGUUUUAUAGCCUUGAUUUCUUUUACUGUUGAAAGUUUUGGGUCCCUACUGCUUUAUAUAGUUGCCUUAAAAAAAGUUGUAUAUAUGUAAUCGUUGUGUCUAUUGUUUUGUUGUACACCUGGAAAGUUUUGAACACAUAUUUUAGAUCCCUACUCGAGUGAGAAAUUUUUUUCAUUCCCUUGAA